GGAAACACCAUGCUCCUAGUUGGCAGGGCAUCCUUUGACCCAGUCAAGUGGAAAUGCAGUAUCACAAGGACCAAAGAGUAAAGAGCCUCUUAAUAAAUGUAGUUUCUCUGCAUCUUUCAUGUCAGCCCCAUGCCUCAGCCUCUGCACCCUCCCCAAAGGGAAUGGCAGAUCUGCACAGUGAUUGCUGGCUACCCAGUAAGCCCCAGUGAUCCUCCAGUCUCCCCUCCUACAGCUUUGCAUGGGUGCUGGGAUCUGAACUCACAUCAAGCACUCUCACCCACUAAGCCAUCUCCCUGGCCUUGCCACUCUUCCCCACCCCCACUUCUGCAGUGCUGGGGAAUAAAAGCCUCUCAGGGCCUCGCACAUGCUCAGUGCAUGCUCUACCACAGAGCUCCACCCCUGCCCUAUGGCCUAUUUUACUAAGCAAAAUGAAACCGCAGUUUUCCAGUGUUCUUAAGGGCUGGGGCUGGAGAUAAGGUGCCCCAGUCCUGGAGCGCACAGGUCAGUGGGUGGGGCCUCCGGGCAGAGCCAUGAAAACUGCAAGGAAAGAGUGGGCAGAGUCCCAAGGGAGCAGGAAAGGCUACUUCUAACCCUGAGGAGCAAAGCCACAGGAAGCAAGCCCUUUGUGCCUCAGUUUCUUCCUUUGGAAAUGGGGAACAGUGACAAUGUGGCCUCUGCUUUGUGUUGUUGUGAGUCCAGAGGAGAACAGCAUGAAACAGAAACUCUGCAUAUGGCCGCUGGAUCUGACAGGCCUGUCCCGUGCCUGGGACCGAGCGUCAGCCACCUUCACAUGGAAGCCUCCCGCCUCUGCCCUGCUCACGCUGUGCCAAGUCUGCAACAGGAGCCAGCUCCUUUAAAAAAAGACACGGACAUGGGGUCAUUUCUAUGUGCUAAUGAAUUCUUCAAACCCUUGGGACUUACCAGCCUGGGCAGUGUUUUGAUACCUUCUCUCAAAGUGACUGCCCCACCCCCCAAACCUUACUCUCGGAGGGCUAGGGCUGUAGCUCAGUGGGUAGAGAGGCUGCCUCUCACGCAUGAAGCCCUGGGUUCUAUUCCCAGCGCUGCAUAAACUGGUGUGGUGGUGCAAACCUGUGAUCCCUGUAGUAGGGAGAUGGAGGAAAGAAAAGUUGAGUCAUCUUCAGCGAGACACCGAGGUGGAGCCGCAUCUGGGCCACACAAGAGCUUUUCUCAAACCAGACAAGCAAGCAAACAGAAACUCUGAAAAGGUCACUUGGUGAGGUUGAGGCUGUUCUGCUUCACCUAAGAUUCAGGGGCUUCUGUGUGAGCCACUGCUGGUGUCGCCACAGGGACCUGGGAUCUCUGCUGUGUGUGCUCGUGGGUGUGUGCUCCUGAUCUGCCAGAGGCAACUGAGCUGAAGCCUCCCUCCACAGCCUGUUCAGCCUCACCCACACUGCUUCCUUUCUGUUUGCCUCUAGGCAGAUGCCUAGCAGAGCAAGAGGCGGACUCCCGGAUUUCAGCACCAGUGGCUUGGAAAGCCAGCUAUUGCCGGAAAGCUUAGUGUUGAAACGAAAACCAAGCCUCAGCCCUUGCCAACCUAGGCUCCACCAUGGAGUUCCCGUGGAAAGCCCAGGGUUGGAUGCUGCUCUGGGUCCCGGUAUCAUUCCAUCUCCACCAUGGGAUGCCCGCACUAAUGCCCUCCUUGGCCCAGCAUCCCUCAGACCUCAAGGAAGCCAAUGCUGGGCACCAGGCUCAGGAGUAGCCUCUCUUCUCCUCACAUCAGAGCCACACUCUGUGAACAAGAACCCAGCACUCCUUCUCCUGUGCUGAGGGUCCUCAAGGCCUUUCUGUCACAAGUCUCUUCCUGAGCCUGGGACUCACUGGCUCAGGCUGGAUGGUUGCUGAGCUCAGGAGAUCACCCUGUCCCCACCUCCUUGGCUACACGUGCACACAGCCUGGCUUUCACAAGGAUGCUGCAGAACCAGACUCAAGUCCUCAUCCUUAUUCAGCUCAGCAGGCGCCUUAGUAAGCCAUGCCCCCCGCACUUAAGCUCUCCUCAGCUUAAAUGAAUGAGGAUAAUAAAGGCAGGGCCGGUUGGGAGGCUCCUAUAGGUAAGGCUUAUGAAGAGCUGCUCUGUAGUCAAGACCUAAGGGACUGGCUGGAGGGGAUAGCUCAGCGAGAGAGGGCUUGCCCAGCAUGUGUGAGUCCAGGGAGAAAAAGCAACUGGGGGUGGUGAGCAGGGGCAGCUCUGGCUGGUGAGCUUGGCAUCAGUUCUAGAACUCACGCUCGGCCGGUGUCUGGCCGUCCCGGAGAUUAUUCAUCCACGAUGGUUGUCAGAUGAAGCAAAACAGCUCCAAAGUCCUUCAUCUGCAGAGGUAAAAAGCCAGAGUCACAAAAGCUAGGGGUUAAGCCUGUUGGCAUCAGAAGCCAACCUGGCAGGGCCUCAUCUGCAGCACACGCUGACCUUUGCUGGCCACAAAGCUGCUUACAGGGAGCUUCGCUUAUAAAGUCCCUUCAUGUGACUGUUUGAAAUGCUUCACACCUCGGAAUGGAGCGCCGCCUAGAGUCCGGCUUCUCUGAAUCAUUACAGCUCAGACCCGUAGAGCACACGCAGCCUGCUCUGCCAGAUGCUCUCCCCGGGCUGUUCCCCCAGCCAAGCCUUUUUGGAUAAUAGUUUGUCUUUAUUACAUCCUCUGGCCUGUGGCUAGCAUAUAAUAGGAGUUCAAUGAAUGCCCCCCUCCUCUCAUUCUCUCUUUCUCUGGUUCAUGUGUAUGUGUGUGUGUCUUUAGUUUUCUCAGACAUGGUUUCUCUGUGUAGUCCUAUCUGUCCUAGAACUCGCUCUGUAGGCCAGGCUGCCCUCAAACUCAGAGAUGCACCUUCCUCUGCCUCCCGAAUGCUGGGAUUAAAGGAGUGCAUCACCACUGCCCAGCCAAAAGUCUUCUCUUCUUUUAAGACUAUGACAUCUUUAACAUCUAUCUAUACAGCCCACCCUCUUGUGUUUGGAACAAAAGUUCUUAAAAAAAAAAAAGAUUUAUUUGCAUGUGUGUGUGUGAGAGAAAGUGUGUGUGUGAGAGAGAGAGAAAAUGUGUGUGUGUGUGUGUGUGUGUGUGUGUACAUGCUUGCACAUGCCUGUUAAGGCCAGAAGAGGGCAUCAGAUUCCCUGGAACUGACAGUUGUGAGCCUCCUGAUGUAGGUGCUGGGACCUGAACAGGUCCUCUGCAAAAGCAAUGAUUGCUCUUAACAGCUGAGCCAUUGUUCCAGCCCCUAACACGGCCAUGAUUAAUCCUCACUCUGCUAAAUCAGCUUUGCCACCUGUCCCAACAAGUGGGGGAAAUGGAGGCACAGGUGACUCUUCGGUCAUAGCCUUGUGCUCUGACACCUCCAGGAGGCUGAGGCCAACACAAUAGCAGGAGGGAAGAGAAGAGACCUUUCGGGGAGUACCUACCCCCUGGGCAGUCUAUUGACACAGCGGUGCCAGAGAUUCCUUUAAGUGACCAGCAGGUUUUCAACCUCAUUCAACAUAGGAGACACAAAUGCAAGUCUCUUAAACUUGGCUUCAUUCCAAAGGUGAUUUCCUUCUAAGAAAUGACCAGGGACACUCUGCACAGGAACAAGGGACCCUCAGAGAGUCAUGAAAGCAGGUCCCAGACUGGCAGAGACUUACAGGCCGCCCUGGCUUUUCCUUGCUUGGACAACGCUGGCCAUUCACUAACGAGGAGGCUUGGCUUGCAAAAUCUCACUAAGACCACGCCAGGAAAACCUGGCUCAGGCUGGAUUUGUUACAAAGAAAGAACGGAGUGCAGUGGCCCAGCAUUCUCCUGCUGGAUAGAAACCAGUCUCCCUGGCUUCCUAUCAGUUGGUGAUACACAACGCUCCCAGAAGCUUCCAGAGCAAGAAACGAACCCUAGCCCCGCCUCUGGUGCUCACAAAGCAGAAAUGCCCCUUGCAACUCCCCGACAAGCAAUGAGACCCCAAAGCCGCUGUGGCGGCGAGCGAUUGCCUGCCCCUGCAGGUUCUGCAGCAAAACAAGAAUUAGAGAAUUAGAGGCUUGAGAGGCAGCAGAGAAGGGAAGAAACAAGACAGAACCUGCAUCGGGUCACGGGAAGCCACUGGCCUUGGAAACCUGAGCAGGGAAGGACAAGGACGCUUUCCUACUUCCACCUGUCAAGACAGAGACAGCGAAUUUGGAUCAAUGGGUAGGUAACACGCACUCCUCAUCUCUGAACCUGAUUGGCUCUCUAUCUGGUUUGUUUAUGCUAGUGAUUGAACCCAUGGCCUGCAAACACUAAGCACGUACUCUACCACUGAGCCACAGCCCAGCUCCUGUGCUGGGAGUACAGGUAAUUGGCCUCACUUCACAGAGGUGCAACAUACAGACAGUAAAUUGUAUCUACUGUAAAGGGGGCUUUGGUGGUUGUGGGACUGAUUUCAUAGGUCCAGAAUAGCCUCAGACUUGCUGUGAAGUCUGACCUUGAACUCCAGGUCCUCAUGCCUCUGCUUCCUGAGCGCUGAGAUUACAGGCGUGAUCCACCAUCUGUGGACAUUUUAAACUAUUUUUUUUUCUCUUUGGCUACAAGGUCUCUUGUAUCCUAGGUUGACCAUGAACUCACUCUGCAGCGGAAGAUGACUCUGAACUUUUGAAUAUCCUGAUUCCGUCUCCCAGGUACUGAAUCAAAGGCAUGAGCCACCAUGCCCAGCCUGUGGUGGAAUUUUCAAUUAAUCUUAUUCUCCUUAGGUUCCUACACUUAUAUAUCAGAAGACAGAACAUUUUCUUGAUUCUUAAAAGUUUCCUCCAGUUUCUCAUAUGCUGAACAGUUUUAUGUCAACUUGAUACAAGCUAAAGUCACCUGAGACACGGGAAACUCAAUUAGAAAAUGCCCUAUAAGGGUUUUUCAGGACUCUGCAAGGGUAGCUGGGGUGAAUUUGCGCCGAGGAAGCAGUUGUAGUCACCACAGUUCCAUCUUCUCCGCGAUGUUGCCCUUGGCCAAAAACGCACUGAGCCGUCUCCCAGUUCGAAACAUUCAGCAAGUGGUGGCAAGGCAGAGCCACCAGAAGAGGACACCUGAUUUUCAUGACAAAUAUGGAAAUGCUAUAUUAGCUGGUGGAGCUAUCUUCUGUGCUUCUGCAUGGACAUAUACAGCCACACAAAUUGGAAUAGAAUGGAACCUGUCUCCUGUUGGCAGAGUCACCCCAAAGGAAUGGAGAGAUCAAUAGUCAUGCCAGCUUGUACAAUAAUCAUUAAAAAACCAACUUAUAAGUGAUGCCAAGUCAAAGAAUCAUCUGUUUAUUAAAUUAUGGCAUAUUGAAAAAAUAAAGUACCUUUGAAAUCUUCAAAAAAAAAAAAAAGAAAAUGCCCUAUAAGAUCAGACUGUAGAAGCUGGGAGGUGGUGGAGCACACCUUUAAUCCCACGCUGAUCUCUGUGAGUUCAAAGCCAGCCUUGUCUACAGAGCUAGUUGCAGGACAGCCAGGGCUACACAGAGAAACUCUGUCUCUCAAAACAAAAACAAAAACUAACAAACAAACAAAUAUAGGCUCUAUAGGCUGUAACGAAGCCUAUAGAGCACUGUCUUAAUUAGUGAUAGAUGUGAGAGGGCUCAGCCCAUUGUCAACCAUCCCUGGGCUGGUGGUCCUGGGUUCUAUAAGAAAGCAGGCUAAGUAAACCUCUGCAUCAGCUCCUGUCUCCAGGUUCCUGCCCUGCUUGAGUUCCUGCCCACAGUACUUUCACUGUUAUGUGGAACUGUGAAUGAAAUACACCCUUUCCUCCCCAGGUUGCUUCUGGCAUGUAGUCAGACCUUUUCCCAUCCCCCACCCCAGGCAGCCAGCCACUUCUCUGUUCAGUCAUCAUGGUCACUACUGCCACCUCUAGAAUGUCACAUCAACAGAACCAUGGACUCUUUCAAGCCUUUUCUUCCUCUCUUCCCCGCCUUUUCUCUCUCAAUGCUAUUAUAAACAAGAUUUCCUAACUUACAUUUAUGUGCAUGUGCACAGGCGAUUGUGUGGCAUGGCACAUUACAUACAUGUGUGGCAUGACACAUGUUUGGAGGUGAACGGACUGCUUCAAGAGCACCACCUCCUCCCCAGGUGGGCUCUGGAUACCGAACUCAGGUUAUCAGACAUGGUGGCAAGUGCCUUUACCCGCUGAGUCGUUUUGUUGGCCCUAAACAGAAUUUCUUUUCUUUUUUUAAGAUUUAUUUAUUAUUUAUACAGUGUUCUGCCUGCAUGUGUGCCUGCCUGCCAGAAGAGGGCACCAGAUCUUAUUAUAGAUGGUUAUGAGCCACCAAGUGGUUGCUGGGAAUUGAACUCAGGACCUUUGGAAGGGCAGAUAGUGGUCUUAACCUCUGAACCAUCUCUCCAGCCCCUAAACAGAGUUUCUUAAAGCUUCGUAAGCCAAGUAUUUGUGAAAAGAAGUUUCUUUUACCUGGUGUCUUUACUUCCUAUGACCUUGCUGAAUUUACCAGUCAGUUUUGAGUUGUUAUAUAAAUGCCCCACGGUUUCAUAACAAUUUCAUCACCUGUGACUGAAGAGGCUUUCACUUUUCCCUUUCAAACAUUAGCAACCUCAAGCCUAUCACACAGAAAGCCAGUAUGCAAGAGACCAGUGUUGAGAAAGAGACAUCGGUCCUUCCUGAGGGUGCUGCUUGCCUGGACUAGCACCUUAGCUCACCUUUCCACCUUUGGAAAGGAAGACUAGGUUAGGAGCUGCCUGCAGAGGCAGAUUCCCUGAGAACUUUAGUCUGUUGUUUUGGCACCUACCAGAGGUGAGACCUUCCUGGCAAUUGCCAUAAAUACAUAUACAUGUGUGUAUAUAUCUGUAUAGUGAAAUGAUUAUAUAUACCCCCAUUUUCCCAUUCCCAUGUUCCUUCAACAUAUCCCUUUCUAACUUCCUCUCCGCCCACCCCAGUCUGUCUGUCUCUCCCACAAAGUACAUGGAUGUGAGGCCAUCCAUUGGAACAUCCCUAGAAAUAAGUGAUUUUUUUCUCCCCCAGCAACUAUCCACUCCCAAUAGUUCCCCAGGAAAGAGUGAGUUCUGGAGAGCAUCUAGCUUGUUGAUGCCAGGAUUUUGGCUAGUUUGAUCUUGUGCAGGUAACCACAGAUGCUGUGAGCUGAUUGCAAAUGUUCACACCACAUCCAGAAAACAGAGUUUCACAGAAGACUUCUCCAGCCUCCGCCAAGCCUCGCUGGUGGUGGUGUUAACUGAGACAUCUUAUUGGAGGCUGAGCUCAGUCUCUUAUUCUUUAGAGCAUGACACUUGAACUGCAGAGUGAAGACAUACCCUGAGAGUGAAAGAAAAUGGGAAUAAAGCAAGAUGGGGUCACUGACAGCAACCUA